GUGCCCGCGGACCAUCAGAGACUCGCUCCGCUCCCUGGCUCCGCUCCCUGGCUCCUCUCCUCCGCUCCUCUCCUCCGCUCCUCUCCUCCUCUCCGCUCCUCCGCUCCUCUCCUCCGCUCCGCGCCCCCCAUGGCCCCGCCGGCCGGCCCCGUCCCGCGGGCGCGGCCGUAGCAUGCCGGGCGCUCGGCUCCUGGCGGACCCCGACCCGAGACGGACGCGCACGAGGGAACGCCGCCGCGGAGAUCCAGCAUGCUCCUGGGAGAGAUAGACCAGUUCAUACACCAGUCGAUCGUGAAAGGGAUCAGUGCUCUUCCCCCAGAGGACCGCUUGCUCAAGUUCCUGGUGGAAAACUCCGCCGACGGUGAGGAGACUGUGCAGUGCGCCAACUGUGACCUGGAGUGCAGGAAACAGGAUGUGGAUGCAAUGUAUUAUUGCAACACUUGUAGCCAGCCCCUGUGUGCAGACUGCAGGGAAGCCACACACAAGGCAAGGAUGUUCUCCCGGCACGAGAUCGUCUCCCUGGCCAAACGCACCAAGGAGGCCCACAAAAAGUGCUCCCUGCAUGAGGAGCUCUACAUCAUGUUCUCCACAGAGAAGAAGUCCAUGCUGUGCAUCAACUGUUUCAGAGACAUGCAAGUGGAGAGCAGAGCACACUGCAUUGAUAUUGAGACGGCGUAUAUACAAGGCUGUGAAAAACUGGACCAGGCCGUACUUGCGGUGAAGGAGCUCCAGACGUCUGCCCGUGAGGCCAUCAUCCUGCUGAAGGCCAUGAUCGGGGAGGUGAGGGCCAACGUGGAGGAGGAGGAGAACGCCAUCAGCACGCUCUUCAACAACAUGCAGGAAAAACUGGCAGAGAGGAAGAAGAUUCUCCUGAAAGCAGCUCAGAGCCAACACGAGGAGAAGGAGAGGGCCUUUAAAGAGCAGCUGUCUCACCUGGCGGCCCUCCUGCCCACGCUCCAGGUUCACCUGGUCACCUGCUCAGCCUUCCUCAGCUCAGCCAACAAGUUUGAAUUCCUGGACAUGGGCUAUCAACUGAUGGAGAGGCUGAAGAAGAUUGUGAAACUGCCACACAGACUGAGGCCGGCUCAGAGCAGCAAGAUCAACACGGAGUACCGGUCUGAGUUCGCCCGCUGCCUGGAGUCCCUGCUGUUGCUAGGCCAGCGGAGAUCGGUGUCCUGUCGCCGGGAGCGUCUCGGGCUAGCCCACGGCAACGGCGCCGGACUCCUCCAGUGUUCCCUCUCUGCACCCUGCCACUCCCCCUCCACCAUUGACAUGUCCCUGGGCUCCUCCGCGGUACGCAAGCCCACCUCCCACCGCUACAUCAGCACCAAGGUCCUGCUGGCCGAUGGCGGGGAGACACCGUUCGCCGAGCACUGCCGCAACUACGAGAACAGCUACAAGACUCUGCAGACAGAGAUCCAGAAGCUGAAGGACCAGGUGCAGGAGAUCCACCGGGACCUGACCAGGCACCACUCCCUCAUCAAGACCGACACCAUGAGCGAGAUCCUGGAGAGGUCCCUGCACAUGGACGGCGAGAUUGAGUCCGAGUACACCUCAGUGGAGCUGAUGAGGGCCAUGUUUGAGGAGAUCUGGGAAGAGACGUUCCAGAGGGUGGUGAACGAGCAGGAGAUCUACGAAGCACAGCUCCACGACCUGCUGCAGCUGAAGCAGGAGAACAGCUAUCUGACCACCAUCGCCCGGCAGAUCGGACCCUACAUCCGCUCCAUCGCCAAGGUUAAGGAGCGCCUGGAGCCCAGGCUGAAGGAACCCAAGGAGCUGAUGGAUGACCGCACUGAGACCAUGCUGAAGAUCUACGAGGACUCCAGCAUGGGCACUGAGACCCAGCACAGGAACGACCUGGCUUGCGUAGCAGAUGACAACCGCGAGAAGCUCUUGGACAACCGCUCGCUCAACAUCCUGUCCGAUGAGAGCGCGCUAAUGAGCAAGGAUUUCUAUUGGACGGGGAAGCCGAAGAACACCACCGAGACGCCCAAUCGCAAAGAACUGCCACUAUAAAUCCAAGCAAAAAAAAGAAGGGUCAUUUUUUUAACACAGCGCCACCUAGGGGUACCAAGACUUGUACGUUCCCCUGGGACAAUGGCUGUUUGCUCAUGACUGAACAGCUGGAGCACAAAACUGGCUGGAUUGUCUUCAAAUACUGUCAGAUGAACACAAUAACGCACAAGACUAAGACUGCCCGGUAAAAACUUAUAUUCAUCUGGGUCUCUAGGAUCAAAGAUCAUAAUAAAUGCAUCCAUAGCCCACCAGAACUGUAUCAGUUUUCAUGUCACGGUUUAAUCCAUUCUCAGUAAGUGCCUUCACAAAACUGAUCAACUCUCAAAGAGGAAUUUAAUCUGACGGCUUGGAUUCCUUCAGAAGGUCCUCACCAGGCCAAGGAAAAGACUGCAGAUCUGUAUUCAGCUAUCAAGGACUCGUGAAAGAGUCGUGUUCUAAUGGAAUAAAUGUUUUACUAUGAAAUAUGUAUGUUGUCUAUACGCUAGAGUAUACUGUAAGAUUAUGCCGAAAAGUGUUAAAAAUGAAUCUAUCUAUAUAGUGGUGUACAUUCUGCGGUACGGCAGUAGGAUGUAAGGAAGGGAGGUAAAAUGGGUUAAGGUCUGGAUAUCCAAAGGAAAUUAAUAAAUGUAUGAAUCUGUGUACUAUUCAGUGUAACCCGAGGGUUUUCAUUUCAGAAAGAAUUCAAAAUGUGUGUGUGUGUGUGCGCGUGUAUAUGGGUGUGUUAAACCGCGCAGUUCAUAUCAUUCAAAACAAUUUCACCGAUUCAAGCAAGUUUAUUUAAGUACAGUAUAUGCCCCCAACCCAUGAACCUUUAAUAAAGUGCAAUACAUGAGUAU